GUCAGUGAUAACAAAAUGAAAAUCAUAGUAUAAUCCUAGAGUCUGUAUCUAGUCUAUAUAAAUUUACUAAUCUAGAUCAUAUUCAUCAUAUUGACAAUAUAGAUCUAGAUUAUCUCAUAUCAAUCCUCAAUCUAGAUUUCUAGAUCUAUGCUGUCAAUGGAUAAAUAGUAAAACAAAAAUCCCUGAUCUUAGUAAAAGUUAGUAGAUUCUACAUUUCUAGGAAAGUAAAAUGGCCUCUAAACAUCGUAACAACCUAACCCAAUCAAAGGUUUCGAGACAGCCAUCUGUGUCUUCUAAAUGUGAAAAUGGUGUUUCUCACACCAGAAGAUUGUUUGUGAUGCGACAUGGUGAGCGCUGUGAUUUCGCCUUUGGGAAAGGCUGGGUUAAGAGAUGUUUUGAUGAUAGGGGUCAUUAUACCCAAAAAGACUUGAACCUUCCUAAAAAGAUGAUUCAGAGAGAUACAGUGAGUGAUUUCCUUAGAGACAGUCCACUCACAGAGAUAGGAAUGUUCCAAGCUAGAGCUACCGGGGAUGCUUUCAAGGCUGCCAAUGUAGAUAUCAAGCAUGUGUUUGUGUCUCCCUCCCUGCGAUGUGUACAGACAGCUCAAAAUGUUAUUGAUGGUAUGGACAACAACGCCGAGCUCUGUGUUGAGCCAGCGGCUUUUGAGUGGCUGGGCUGGUACAAAAAUGGGAUGCCCAAUUUGCUGACUCCAGAUCAGUUGGCCAACUGUGGAUUUAAUGUCAACCUUCUUUACAAGCCAUAUCUUGAAAUAAAAGACUACCAAGUGGAUGAAACUGUAUCAGAUUACUAUGACAGGUGCCAUCAAUUGACACAGCAUAUUUUUAAAUCUUGUGAAGAAGGAGAUGUACUAAUAGUUGCCCAUGCCGGCAGUUUAGAUACAUUCACCAGACGCCUCAGGGGGAAGAACCCCAGAACUUCCCAGGAGAUGCACCUGAUCCUCCCCAGCUUCACUUACUGCUGUCUUUGCUGUCUGGCCUACUCAGACAAAACCAACAAAUGGCAAUUUGUGGAUCCUCCGAUCCCCCCACUACAUGAAUUUGACUGGAAAGUAAUGCUGUGAUAUUUAACUUAGAUUCAGAUAUAUGAAGUUUAAAUGUUGAAAUGUUGCUCCAUCAUUCUGAACUCAUCUGUCAUUUGAAGACAACAAGUUAUGAAACAGACCAAUGUCUUGAGGUCAUGAAAGGCUAUUUGCUGUUGUUGUUUUUUUUUCUCUGCUGGCAUAUAUCUGCAUUUAUUGUUGUUGUUUUUUUGUUUGUUUUUUUUUACAUUAUGUAACAAUAACUUAUCAUGUGUGUUUGGCUUAUUUACUUGGCUGAAAUGAUAGAUUUCUAAUUUAUUGUGAUAGGUUUAUCAUAAGUAGGCUUACUUUAAGCUAGGUGGAAACUUUUCCAGCUUAGGUUUUAUUUACUUGAAAUAUUUUACAGCCCUGAGGCUUUAGAGCUACUCAGCAUAAUUCUUUUGUCUGUGUUUAUUUUAUGCUUGUUUCUAAUGUUAUGUUCACUGCUAAAUAAUUCUGAGCUAUCAUGACACGAAGAAUUGCUAAUCAGUUAAAGGUACUGUGUUUCUUGACUCCUUAAAGUGUCCAGAGUUUAUUCUAGCUUUUGCUUUCCCUCUGAUGUUUAUAGUUUUAAGCAAUUAUGUGUGGAUAGAAAUCCGACAUCUGCUGAGUUCUGAAGUGAAUAAUUUUGUCUUUUUUUUUUUUAAUGAAAAGUAAAUUUAAAAUUAUUAUUUUUUUGUGUGUGUUAAGUGCUGAAAUGGACUACUAAGAAUUGGAUAUUGAGAAUGUUUUUAUCAAAUCUUUAAGUUAUGAUUGCCUACAAAGUGGUAGUCAAGUCAACAAAGUUUAUUUUUAGAUCAAAGCACAAACUUCCAAAACCAUGCUUUGGGUUUUACUUGUAUUGUUGAUUUUUCUUUCUAUUAUUUAGAGAGUAGGAUGAUUUUAAUUAUAUAUUGGACAUUUUCAUAUGAAAAGUUUGAAUUAUUGUGAAUUUGUUUUUUUUUCAAAACCAACAAUCAUGUCCUUAAUUCAAGUAGCAGCUUUGCCCUUGUUUAACAUCCUUUUCACCAACGCUCAGUUAAGUGACAGUACUUCAAGAAAACGUCUAGAACCUGUUACUUUGUCUAUUUCAGUAUCAGUCCUCGUGUUUUUCUGCUGUGAUACAUAAGUAUUUACUGGUAAACUCCCUUGUUGAGUAACAUUCCUUGUACGUGACAUGUUUUAUUGUAAGCCAACAAAGGUUACAUAUCCCUAAUGUGAUUUUUUUUUCCUCUCUACACUUGCACAUCCUAUGCAUUUCAAGAGCUAUAUUUAUAUUGACCAUUAAUGAAGAACAUUGUGAAUAUUAUUGACUGUUCUGUUCUGUGAUUUUGUUGAGCUAAAAGAGUUAUAUCUGUAUAUACAAAUUGAAAAAUAUAACGAUAGAAAAAAAAAACUAACUGCACUUGAGUUGAUUAUAAUUUUUUUGAUUUUCUAAUUUCAUAUUAUAGAUAUUUUAAUUUUUUACAUAAAUAAAGAGCUUAACUGGCAUUUGUAAUCAAUGCCAACUCUUUAUUUUUUUAUUCCCUCUAAAAACAAAGUGCUAAGUUUUAGAGUUUAAAAAACUCUUAAAUCAUCCAGAUACAACCACCUUUUUCUCAGGAUACAACCACCUUCACAGGACAUACAUUUAGAUUUUGAGUUAUAAAAGGGGAAUAACCCUUGAGGGUGCCAAAAAGACAAAAUAUCAUGUAAUGAUAAUUCUUUGAAAUAAAUUUACUCUGGCAAAUAGACUAAACAGUCUUCUCCAAUGAUAUACAUAUAUAUAUAUAAUUUCAAAGACAAUUGUUUGUUCGAUUGAUUGCCUAGAUUCCACCUAUAAAUUUUAAUCUGCUAUGAAG